AUGCUCGUACCGGACUUAAAUCCAAAAAAGACCUAUGAGUACAAAUAUGUAGGGGUGUUGACUAUUGGACGUGAUAGGCCAGAUCUGGCCGAAUCAGGCGUGAGAAUUCAGUGCUCACUUAAAAUCACUGGUGUAUCGGAUCAGACUUUCCUUCUUCAGAUUAACGAUCUGACCUUCGAUGAAUUCAAUGGCAUCCCUGGAAAAAGUUCAUUCGUCGCCUCCCCGAAGCUGAGCCAAAGGGUCGCAGCAGAGUUGACCCAGCCUGUUAUGUUUGAGUAUGUCAGAGGUCAGGUUGGGGAUCUACAGGCUCCAGUGGAAGUUUCACACUCAGUGCUUAACAUAGUAAGAGGAAUUCUUGGAUUUCUGCAAGUUACGGUGAAGACCACACAGAACAUUUAUGAACUGGAGGAGCUUGGGAUCCACGGCCUUUGCCAGAGUAACUAUGCCAUUGAGGAAGACUUAAACUCUAAGGAGUUGCAUGUCACUCGGAUAGUUGAUAUGAAAAAUUGCAGAGAAAAGGCAGCAGUAUACAAAGGACUGGCACUGGCACUUGAAAAUAAUGAUUGUAAAGAGAGAGGUGAUAAUAUUGUAGAAAUUGUUAAAUACAAGUAUAAUGUCAGACCUACUGAAGACGGUGGCCUUAUAACAAAGGUCUAUGCUGAGGAAAAUCAGCUGUUCUCCCCUUUUAAUGUAAAGGGAGGUAAUUCAAAACUACUGGCAACAAAAGAGGUGUUUUUGAUUGGUGUUACAGACAGUGUGGGUAAUGUAUCUGCAAGUCCAAUGCAAAAUAGAGGGAAUCAAAUAUACAAAUUUGGGACUGAAUUGAAUCAAAUUCCACUUCAGCUAAACAAAAAUACUGAUCUAAUGGCAAAGAUUUCGGAAUUAAUCGAACACAUCGUAGCGGCUAACAUUAAACAAGUUGACAACUCCACAACUGCAGAUAUUCUCCAACUAUAUCAACUUCUUCGCUUGGUAACGCUUGAUAAUAUGGAAACUCUAUGGAAUAAAUAUUUGGGAAAUUCUGAGCACAGGAGAUGGCUGCUGGACGUCAUAGCCGAAGUUUCAGAUGCCAGGGUCGUCAGAUUCCUUAUAAACAGAUUUCAAAGGGGGGAUCUUUCAGUAAACGAAGCUACACAGGCAGUUCUGCUGACCUUCAACCAUUUAGAAGCAAAUUCUGAAACUGUAGAAAUGUGUAAGGAAUUUCUGAUAAUGCCAUUCAGUAGAUCCAGUGACUUGCUGUGGAGCACCGUACUUCUGUCUUAUGGAUCUAUAGUCUACAGAUACUGUGGUACCAUUGACCCCUGCCCAGUGAUUGCUGUGCAGCCACUGCUGGACCUGGCCACUGAUAGCCUUUCUCGAAGUGACGAGGAGGAUUUGAUCCGAUCCUUAAAGGCGAUAGGAAAUGCAGGCCAUCUAUCCAGCAUCAAAACUAUCAUGAAGUUCCUCCCAGGCGUCUCUCCGACAGUCGUGUCUGUUUCCACUCGGGUCCAGAGAGCAGCUGUGCAGGCCCUCAGACACUUAGCUGUCAGAGAUGCACAUCGUGUACAGGAAAUCACAUUAAACCUGUUUAUGCAGAAGAACCUCAGUUCUGAGGUGCGAAUGCAAGCCUGUCUGAUCCUGUUUGACACAAAGCCACCUUUAGCUCUAGUGUCAAUGAUUGCAUCAUUCUUGCUGGAAGAAAGCAAUCUGCAAGUAGCCAGUUUCUCUUAUUCUCUGAUUCGUGGUCUUGCAAGAUCCCAAACUCCUGACAACCGCAUUCUAUCCAUAGCUUGCAAUGCAGCCGUUAAGAUUCUUAAACCCAAACUGGGCCACCUCAGUUACCACUACAGCAAAGCCCUACACUUUGAUUGGUUUAAUGAUGACUUUUUAAUUGGGAAAUCGUCUGAUAUCUAUAUUUUCAAAAAUGUGAAUAACUACUUUCCAUCAACGCUUAUAUCAAAAUGGAAAGGCUACUUUAUUGGUAGAAUACUGGAGACCAUAGAGUUUGGUGUCCAUACAGCAGGAAUCCAGGAAAUGCUCCGGAAGACUACCUCCAUUUUUAAUGAAAAACAAAACACAAGUCUUAUGGAAGCCAUAUUAAAAAUGCUCUCAGAAUGGCAGUCAUUACCGGAGAAACAACCGCUAAUAUCUGCAUUUGCAAGGGUUUUUGGACAAGAAGUAUUCCAUACUGAUUUGAACAAAGAUGUGAUUCAAAGUGUCAUUCAGGCACUUAGUCCUAAAGCUGGAAAAGAGAGUCCAAUUUGGAAUAUGAUAGAAAAUAUUCAGAAUGGGAUAGCAUGGCACUGGACAAAGCCAUAUCUAAUAUUUGAAACCCGAUACAUACGAGCAACAAUGAUUGGCCUUCCAACUGAGAUUAGCAAAUACUACCUCUCUGUAACAGGCUCCACAGUAAAUGCUAAAUCUACAAUCAGUCCCCCACCUACAGAUAAUCUGGGUCAACUACUGGAUGCUGACAUUUUCUUUGAAACUGAUGGAAAUGUACGUUCUGCAAAAGACCUUUUUGUUUUUCAUGGAAUAAACACUGAUGUUGUUCAGUCUGGUGCGGAAUUAAUUAGUACAUGCCUUCUAAAUGUUCCAUGGAAAUUUUCUUUAAAAAUGAAUGUAAAAUCUAUGAAAUUCCAACUGGAUACCCCUCCCUGGAAAACACGGACAGAGAUUUUGUCUCUCAAUUACAAUGUAUAUGCAGUCUCAAGAAACAUUGAAGAUCCGGCGGAGGCUAAAAUGACUCCAAUGGUGGGAGACCACAUGGAAUUUAAGGAAAAUCCACAAACCUUCAGCAACACGACAGGAGAGUCUGGCCAAGAGCAGACAAAGAGCUGGUCGGAGGUAGACCAUCUUCAAACAAAGAUUUGUGCAAAAGCUACCAUUUAUGCCACAGCAAUGUGCAUGGAAAUGGAUGUAGAAAGAGCACAUUACCUCAGUGAAUAUCCUCUGUAUUAUGUCUUAGGCUACACGCGGUGCGCAUUUACAAUUGAGCCAGUUGAGAGAAAUAAACCGAUUGACAAAAUACAAAUAGAAAUAAACAAUGGGGCAGACAAAAACACAGAAAGUAUCAGUCAAUCAAUGAAAAUUUUCCUCAGUCAGCAAAUAUCCAAGUCCCUGGGCUCCAUACCAGAUCCUGUUUUGACUAUGACAGCUUUGGCAGUCAGUGGUAAUGACAAACCCGAAGGUUAUGAAACGACAGUUUAUUUGACUCAAGCUGCCGAGAAGGAUGAAAUUCAGCUCCUGGUUUCACAAAUUGGAGAAGAAGCCAACUGGAGAUUGUGCGUAGAUGCAGAUGUUGAUAGAAUUAAUAACAAAUCAAAGAUGCAAUUACAAUGGGGUGCAGAGUGUCAGACAUACAAAAUGAAUGUAGCAGCUGAAACAUCAUACUUGCCUGGAUCAAAUCCAUCCAUGAAUGCCAUGGUGAACUGGGAAGAUGUGCCGGAGUACAUGCAAGAAAUUGGAAAGCGAGUUGGAGAAUACAUUCCAGGUGUGGCCUUACUCCGAAGAUUUUCUCAGAUACAUGAAAAAAAUCCAGAAAAGCAAAUUUCUGCCUUAGUGACUUUGGCCACUACAGAAAGCAUUCACAUCAGGAUGGAGAUUCCAGAGCUUACAGUUUAUCAAAAGGAAAUUCCACUUCCUUUUCAAUUUUUUCCCUUUGAGAGCAAUCAGCAAAAUCAGGGACCAAGCAUUUCCUCGUCAGUCCGGCUUCUCGAGAUACAAGGUAUUUGCACAAUUUCUGGGAACCGCUUCAGAACCUUUAACAACAUCAGAUUCACUGAAGCUGUGCCAAAAGACUGCUACCUCGUUUUAGCCAAGGACUGCACUACAGAGCAAAAGUUCCAGGUUUUAGUGAAAGAGCACUUCAGUGGAAGAAAGGAAGUCUCUCUCAAAACACCAGUGGGAUCCAUCAACAUGAAUUAUUACAGGUCGGGCAUUCAGUUAAAAAUGAAUGAUUCCAACAUCUUGCUGUCUACCUUGCCAAUAAGAGACACAUCAGGACAAUUACUGAUAAAAUUUGAGAAAGGGAUUGUGAUUGAAGCACCAACGCUAGGACUUAAUAGUUUGUAUUACAAUGGACACACUAUAAAGGUUGAGAUUGAAUCUGGGAUGAAAAGGACAACAUGCGGCUUAUGUGGUCAAGCAGAUGGAGAGACCAAAGCUGUAUUCGGAAACCCUAAAUCACAGAUGGCCAGACACGCGUUCAGCUUUCUCACCUCAUGGAUACUAGACAGAACAGACUGUUCAGACACCUGCAGUCUACAACGUCAACACCUAGAGAUGAAGCGAGACAUGAAAUCAAAGUGUUACUCAGUGGAACCGGUGCUACGCUGCAGAGAAGGCUGCUCUCCCAGAGGCACUGUACCGCAAUCUGUUGGUUUUAGCUGUGUCCCUACUGAUACUGCUGUGACAUCUUUUGAUCCUCUAUCAUCAAGAUCAUACGAUACAAACAGUGCAUAUGUGGAGGAAACAGUGGAUGCACACAUAUCUUGCUCUUGCAAAGCGAAUGACUGCUUAGCUGCAUGAGUGUGUUUUUUUAGUAGUAAGAAUAUUGAGGUUCAUAAUAAAGUGCAUAAUUAUUGUCAUAAAGCUUUUCUUUGAGUUGAUUU